UAAAGCCGGGGCUCCAAAGAAUGCGAUGACCAUAUGAACCGCGUAUUGAUGUAUCUGUAUAAUACCUCGCAACCAGCUUGCUGUAUCGAUUAUCCUUCUUUCUUUUCUUUGUUUUCUUUCAUUUCUGUCUAGCUAACUCUGACCCAUGGUGAGCAACUGACGAUGAGCACACCUCCUGGCAAAUCCACCUCUCCUCGUCUCAGCUCGUCACCCUCGUCGUCACCUUCGCACUCACAUUCCCUGCUAACCCGCACCCGACCCUUAUCAUUCGCAAAUGUGAACCAAUCCUUCUCCACUCUACCCCCAGAGUCUAUUCCAAGUGUGCAUUCCUCCCCGGGGCAUAGCACCAUCGAUCUAUCUCAUACCGAUCCAAAUACCAGAACUCCUACAGGCUCGUAUCCCAUCCGAAUUAGGUACCAUUCCCCCGCACCUGGUGGAGGACACGGGAGUACGAGCAUGAGAAGUGCGCGCACGAUUGCUAACACACCUCGUGACUCCAUUCUUCUGUCGCCGGCAAGCACAAGUCGUGAUACGAAGUGGUGGUCGCGCUCACCGUCGAACGAAAGGAGGGGCUCUGCCUCUCCCUCCAGAGGGAGGAGAGUCGUCUCCGAUAGAAGCGCGUUCUCAGUAGUUUCCAGGCACCGAUCAGACGCAAGUCUACUCUUUGAUGAUGUGGAACGGGAAGUUCCAUUUCCUUCUUUGUCGCACGCAGAUCCGCCCCUUCCACCUUUAUCCAGCGACCUUCCUUCUAUAUCCCGCGAAGAUCUUCAGAUCCGUGAUCUCGGUGAGAAGAGUGUCUGCGACGAAGAGUCACUUUUGUUGUCCUCUCCCGAGUCUCCUUCUGCCAUCCUUGGUUCACCCACACUCCCCAUCGUACACAGGCUCCCGCGAACCCUCAGGUCAUUAGGUGUAGGAAUCGAAGAGGAUAUUCGGGAUCAUGACAUAGAGAACAGCUUUUGGCCGAAGCUAUUCGGCAUGUCUCCCAAGUCGUCUCCGUCCCCUCUUGCAGAAUUGGGAACCAGUGCGUCCCCGAGCGAGACUAUCUUGCAAGUGGACGAACAGCUCGUUGUCUCAAUGGAGACCUGGGAUGGAGAGUCCCUGAAUGUCUCUCCUGUUGCCAUGUCGUCAUCGCCUGCGAAGGGCAAGGUACCUGCACUGCCGAAUAAGGCGGUAUCCUCGACAUCCCCUGUGCACACUGUCAAGCCUUCCGCUCCUACACCACAAGAACGUCCGGAAUCAUGGCGCCACAAGUUCACUCGCCAUCAAAGCCCAAAGGGGCGGGAGAAGGAGAGAAAUCACAAAGAUAGUUGGCUUCGGGCGAGAGAGGUAAGUUUUGUUUAUUUCGUGUUCUCUCUCUCUCUGCCUUAUU